GACAGUGGAUUGAGCUAAACCAUUGCAUUGUGAACCACAUAGCAGAGCACACGUGAGUUAGUACGGCUCUAGCGAUCAACAGAAAUGACGGUAGCCUAAGCCGCAACAGGCAUCUAUUUUAACUUGGUGCUAAGUGCAGGCGGUAGUUCGUUGCACGGGCAGAAAUGUGCAUUUGGGACCUGUAGCAUCAACUCCAACGGAUCGCCUUUCUGAAACUUAUGACUUCAUUUUUUGCAUAAUUUUUUGCGUCUUUUUCCAAGGACUUGCAAGUGCAUGCAUGGGCUUUAUCGUUUGGUUUAGGGGCUACCAAAAAGGCUAUACCCUAACAGUUAGAUCAUCGGAACAGCCAGCCUACAUGGUCUGGUAAUUUGUUUAUGAAAGGUAUCCUGGCACACAGUCUGGUGCCAGACUGACAUUAUUGACUGGGCAGACAUUUCAUGUGAUGGGACUCUCCAAACUCUGAAGAUCACGGGGAUCGGGGCCUAUUCCUGAGGAAGCAGUAUAUCUUUUGUGUCGGGCUCGUCAGAUUCAUGGAUUCUGCUAGUUCGUGGAGUGCAUCUAAAUUGGGAAGAGAGGGUAGAGGACAAAGAACACUGGGAAACCAGAGGAAGAGAGGAGGAGGAGAAAAAUGGAGGCCAUAUCUUUAGAUCAAUCUGCGACGGUGGAUGAGCUGGUGGAAGCAUGCAUCCAAGCCUUUGAUGAGACGGGCACUUUGAAGGACCCCUCCCUAGUGCGUAUGUUUCUUAUGAUGCACCCUUGGUACCUUCCCUCCACCGACAUGGCAAAGAAACUACUGCUCAAAUCACAGGAGGACAGCUGCACUGCUGAGCUCAGGACAAGAAUCUGCCACUUGGUGAAGUACUGGAUCAGUGAGUUCCCAGCGGAGUUCAAUCUAAACCCAGAGCUGGCAGAGCAGAUCAAAGACCUCAAGGACCUCUUGACCACUGAGGGGAACGAGCGCCAGAGUCAGCUCAUCGACAUUGACAGCGUGCCGUCAUACAAGUGGAAGCGUCAGGUGACCCAGAGGCAGCCAUCCAUGUCUAAGAAGAGGAAGAUGUCUCUGCUGUUUGACCACCUGGACUCCAGCGAGCUUGCCACACACCUCACCUACCUGGAGUACAAGUCCUUCUGCAAGAUACUGUUCCAGGACUACCACAGCUUUGUGAUGCAUGGCUGCACGGUAGACAACCCCAUCCUGGAGCGCUUCAUCACCCUCUUCAACAGUGUGUCUCAGUGGAUCCAGCUGAUGGUGCUCAGCAAGCCCACCGCCCCCCAGAGGGCUGCAGUCAUCUCCCACUUCAUCAGGGUGGCUCAGAAACUGCUCCAGCUUCAGAACUUCAACACUCUGAUGGCCGUGGUGGGGGGGCUCAGUAACAGCUCUAUAUCUCGCCUCAAAGACACCCAAUCACACAUCAGCAACGAGACCAACAAGGUGUUCAACAGCCUGAUCGAACUGGUGACGUCGUGCGGCAACUACAGCCAGUACCGGCGUCGCUUCUCCGACUGCACAGGCUUCCGUUUUCCUAUCCUGGGCGUGCACCUCAAGGACCUGAUCGCCGUGCACGUGGCGCUGUCCGACUGGGCCGACCCGGGCAAGAGCAGGGUCAACCUGGCCAAGAGCCAACAGCUGUAUGUUAUCCUCCAGGAGUUGGCUCUGAUCCAGACCACGCCACCCAGCAUCGAUGCCAACACAGACCUACUUAACCUACUUACGGUGUCUCUGGACCAGUACCACACAGAAGAGGAGAUCUACCAGCUGUCUCUACAGAAAGAGCCACGCAGUGCUAAACCGGCGAACUCCGGCUCCUCCCCUGCGCCUGCCCCCCAGCCAUCGAUGAUUGACGAGUGGGCUGCGUCGGUGAAGCCCAAAGCCGACCCUGCGGUCAUCAACAAACACAUAGAGAAGAUGGUGGAUUCUGUCUUCAAGAACUUUGACACUGACGGGGACGGUCACAUCUCCAGGGAGGAGUUUGAGAUCAUCAGGAACAACUUCCCCUAUCUCAGCAAGUUUGGAGAACUGGACAAAAACCAAGAUGGGCAGAUCAGCCGGGAAGAGAUGAUCGACUACUUCAUGAAGGCCAGCUCUCUGCUCAACUGUAAGAUGGGCUUCAUCCAUACCUUCACAGAGACCACCUAUGUCAAACCCACCUUCUGUGAACACUGCGCUGGCUUUAUAUGGGGCUUCUACAAACAGGGAUACAAGUGUAAAGCGUGUGGAAUUAAUUGUCACAAGGCGUGUCGAGGUCGUCUGGCUGUGGAGUGUCGUAAACGGACCAAGAGCAUCAGCCAUGAGCAUGCCCCCUCCCUUCAGGCUCGCUCCUACAGCUUCCCGCCCCUGGCCAACACCCCACCAAGCCUACAGAACACAGUGAUUGUAGAGGAAGAUCUCCAGGCAGUGGAGGAAGGUGUGUUUGAUGUCCAUCUAUAACCAGAUGAUUACCAAUAGGCAGGCCUGGCCUGAUAUGUCCCUUCAGAAGUCCUACGUACUCUGGCAUUCAUACAGCCAAACACUGCCAGGAGGAAACAACAGUGGUCGGGAGCCAGAAGCCUGCUGGGGUCUGCUCAGCAGGGUACAACGUUACAUAACGCAGAUAUAAAUGUAUCAUCUAGUACAGAUUAUGAUUGUCUGUCGUGUAAAAGAGGGAAUCGUUUCAGCUCUAUCCAUUCCAUUUCUAUCUGCAACAUUCAGACUGCCAUUAGGUAGAACAGAUAUGAUUGUCUGUCGUCUAAAAGAGGGAAUCGUUUCAGCUCUAUCCAUUCCAUUUCUAUCUGCAACAUUCAGACUGCCAUUAGGUAGAACAGAUAUGAUUGUCGGUUGUGUAGAAGAGAGAACAUUGUCCACUUUAUUCAAGACAUGUCACUCACACACAGAGCGAGAGAGAGAUGCCGCCACAUAGUGGAAAAAUACUGCAAAUGCAUACCUUACAUUUACUCAAGAUUUCAACUCCCCCAAUAUAAGUGAAUUUGUACAAAAUGUCUUUCUGUGUUAAAUCUAUAUUUUAAAAUCUGCAUGUAGGCCCAUGUUUUCAUAUCUCUUACCUAGUUUACUUAACACUGAAUAUAGAAAAUAAAAUCACAUUGUGUUUAGUGUAAUGUUAUUACCUUCGAGUCUAAGUGGUAUGUUUUAGCUAUGCAUUUAGCUAUAUGUUGUUAUUAUUAUGUCUAUAUUAAUAACCUAAACGAUGUCUCUCCAAAAUAUAAGAGGUGCUGUUAUUGCCAAAAUAGAAUCCAUAGGCUACAUGCCACCUGGACUUCCAACUGCUUUCUCUGGGGAGUGAAGCUUCGCUUUGUCUGAGUAGCUUGUUUCUUUGUAAAUGUAAUGGGAGAAACUUUAAAACACACGGUGUGUUCGAUGUCAGAGAUGAAACGUUUCGGCUCCAGAACGACUGCUGCUUUCGUGGAUUGGUUAUCAAACCGCUAUCUAGCACAACAACAGCAACAACUCAAAUGGACUGUGGAACGUACAUCCUGCAUUUGAAUAGCAUUUGAAUGCUGUUGUGUUUUUUGCCCUCCUGUUUACCUGAAUAUCAAUGCUUUUCCUAUGGUAAUUUGACUGUGGUGUGUAUGCACGGUAUACUGUUGUAAUACUGUUAUGUUUCAGUGCAUCCACACACGACCUUUCCUCUCAGUAACUUUCAGUGUAGCUUGAAACGGUGAAUGUUAUAUAUUGUCCUGAGAAUUGACAUCUGUUUGAACGUCUAUUUUAAUACGAGACAUGUAAGUCCAUUGUCUUAUCAAGCAUGCUUCAAGGGGAUCCACAUUUGCCAAAAUGUCUGUUAAGUGUAUUUUUAAUGUCGCAUGUAUAUAUAUAUUUUUUAAUGGCAACAUGAAAUCCUGUAGGCGAGAGACUCUCCUCAACGUAUUAGUUUUGGGGUCUGUAUCCUCUGAGGGAUAGUCCCACAAUGUUAGCUGUUUGUGUAUCUUUGAAUGAAGUUAUUCCUCUGGCUUUCAUUAAUACAGUACAGUAUAUCCUG